AUGUCUGAAUAUGGCGUGUAUGUCGACUCCAACUGGGACCAAGAUCAUGAGAUUGCUCCAUCGACGCCUGGUUUCUCCGAUGACCUUGUCCAAUUUGAUUUCCAACCACAACUAUCUUUCUUCGUCACAUUGACACCAGAGUUGGUUGACACCCCGGAAUGUUUACCUGAGCAUAAUUACAAUAUCGAAAGCCUUAUCCUGGAAAGAACAGAAAACGAUGUACCAGAAGAUCUGUUUUGCUCACCUCACAGCGAGCAGGGGGACCGGCUGGCUUCCACAGCCGUGGAAGUCUAUGGUCAUGAGACGCCGUCGCCAGGAACACUCUCGACGUCACCCGAAAGCAUUAAUUCGAGCAAUGUGCAUACUCGCACGACCGAUGACUACACACACAAGCCAAUAAGGGAACAAGGCGCGAAGAAACAGAAAAGACAGUCCAAAAGAUCUAAACGGACAUCUGUCGAUGCGGGCGUGGGCAUCGAACGCAAUCGAAUAGCAGCAUUAAAAUCGCGAAUAAAGAAUAAAGAAUGGGAACAGAAUUUAGCAUCUACAAUGCGUGAUCUUGAAAGAAAGCAUUCCAUGCUCAUAAAAGAGCAUUCAAAGCUACUGCAGGAUGCUCUAGAACUGAAGAAUAUCGUCAUUUAUCAUGCGAGGUGCCAUGACGACAGGAUUGAUGCAUGGAUAAGUAGUGCGGCAAAGGCGUUUGUUCACGGACAAACUCAAGCAGCAUAA